AUGGCGGAAUCAGGCAAGCAAGAGAAGGAGUACGCUUCUACAGAUCCCGUUGGAGUUGCCAACCAGACAAACUCAUCCGAGCCUGUCGCCACAGCACCUCUACAAUAUGUAGGAUCCGAGAGCGAUCUCUCGGAUUCGGAUCAAGGGCAGAAGGAGGAUGGUCAGCCAGACGUCCAUAGGACCGCCACUGCAACUACGACUACCUCAACCGUGACCGUGGUAUCGCAAUCGGAGGAAAAGAAACCAUGGUACAAACGUCUGAACCCAUUGAAGAAAUCGAUCAAACCUCCAAUACCGAAAGAAAGGAGGGUGUCAAGGGAAUACGGGGCCUCCUUCCUCAGUCUGUUGACCUUUCAAUGGAUGGCGCCACUCAUGAGUACGGGGUAUCAACGGACACUGGAGCUCAACGAUAUUUGGCUGGUCAAUCCGAAUCGCGCAUCUCCCGUCCUCUCAGACAAACUCAGUGCUUCGUUUCAGAGGCGAGUGGCUCGCGGCGACAAGUAUCCCCUUUUAUGGGCCAUGCACGAGACCUUCAAAUUCGAAUUCUGGCUCGGAGGGAUUUGCCAACUGUUCGCCAGCAUCUUCACGGUCAUGUCACCCUUCACGCUUCGAUAUCUAAUCGCUUUCGCCACCCAGGCAUACGAAGCGCAAGUCGACCAUAAACCGGCACCUCACAUCUCCAAAGGCAUAGGAUUGGUCAUUGGCAUUACGGUCAUGCAGAUGUGUCAGAGCUUGGGAACAAACCACUUUAUCUACCGAGGCCAGAUGGUGGGAGCGCAGUCGAGAGGCACAUUGAUAACGGUCAUUUUUGAAAAAGCAAUGAAGAUCUCGGGACGGGCCAAAGCAGGUGGGAAGGCCAUUGAGGAUACAAUGAAGCAAGAUGGGGAGGUCAAUAAGGAGAUGAAAAGGCAGAACCUCUUCAAGCGCAUGGUCGAUAAAAGGUUCAACCCAACGGGAGGUCCGCAAGUCACACCUGACAAGGCGCAAGGAAUAUCCGGUGACGGAGCCGGUUGGGGCAAUGGAAGAGUGGUCAAUCUCAUGUCUACCGACACCUAUCGCGUUGACCAAGCUUCAGGCAUGUUUCACAUGGUGUGGACAUCACCAGUGACCAUUAUGAUUACCUUGGUUGUUUUGCUUAUCAAUCUGACAUACUCGGCACUAGCAGGAUUCGCACUUUUAGUCAUCGGCAUUCCAGUAUUGACCAAAGCAAUCAAGAAGCUCUUCUCGCGAAGGCGAGCGAUAAACAAGAUCACAGAUCAGAGGGUGUCCCUUACUCAGGAAAUCCUUCAAGCGGUCCGCUUUGUCAAAUACUUUGGUUGGGAAAGUUCCUUCCUCGAGCGCAUUGGUCAGAUCAGGAGACGCGAGAUUCGUGCGAUUCAGCUUUUGUUAACCAUCAGAAACGGAAUAAACGCAGUCUCCAUGUCAUUGCCCAUCUUUGCCUCCAUGCUCUCUUUUGUAACGUACUCGCUCUCUAAGCACGACUUGGUGGCAGCUCCCAUCUUUUCCUCCUUGGCGCUGUUCAAUUCGCUCCGGAUGCCUUUGAAUCUACUACCAUUGGUCAUUGGUCAGGUUGUGGAUGCUUGGUCCUCGCUCGGACGAAUACAGGACUUUCUGAUCGCAGAAGAGCAGAGUGACGACUUUAUAUGGGACAUGGAAGGGAAGCACGCCGUCUCCAUGGAGCAUGCCGACUUCACAUGGGAACGGACCAUCACCCAAGAUCCAGACAAAAAGACUGGCGCGCAACUCAAUAAGAAGCAGAUUAAGAAGGUCAAAGAUGCAGAGAAGGCAGCGGCCCACGGACCAAAUCCCGCCGGUUCCAAGAGUGGAGAGGACAGCUCCAGCACUCUAACUCAAGUCGAGCCUUUUAGAUUGCACGAUAUGGAGUUCUCUGUCGGACGUAAUGAGCUCAUCGCAGUCAUUGGUGGCGUUGGCUCUGGCAAAAGUUCACUGCUUGCUGCCUUGGCUGGUGAUAUGCGCAGGACGAACGGCAGCGUGACCAUGGGCGCUACACGAGCUUUCUGUCCACAGUAUGCCUGGAUCCAAAAUGCUUCUGUGAAAGAUAACAUACUUUUCGGGAAGCCGUAUGAUAGGAAAUGGUAUGAUGCCGUCAUCGACGCCUGCGCUCUACGACCGGAUCUUGAGAUGCUUCCCAACGGUGAUAUGACUGAAAUUGGUGAACGAGGUAUCACUGUUUCAGGAGGGCAGAAGCAGCGUAUGAACAUCGCCCGUGCUAUUUAUUUCAACAGUGAUGUUGUCCUCAUGGAUGAUCCUCUUUCAGCGGUCGACGCUCAUGUUGGGCGCCAUAUCUUUGAUAACGCGAUUUGCGGUUUGCUCAAAGACAAGUGCCGAAUCCUGGCGACUCACCAGCUUCACGUUCUCAGUCGUUGUGACCGCAUCAUAUGGAUGCAGGAGGGCCAUAUUGAAACAGUGGAUACUUUUGCAAACUUGAUCAACAACGAUGAGGCCUUUCAAAAGUUGAUGGCAAGCACGGCUCAAGAGGAGAAGGUCGAGAAAGAAAAUGCUGUCAAUGAGGACGAUGUUGAGGAUGACAAGAAGGACGCAAAGAAAAGGAAGACCAAUAAGCGCGGAGCUGCACUUAUGCAGCAGGAGGAACGAGCGGUAAAGAGUGUGAGCUGGAGUGUAUACAUUGCUUACGUUCGUGCCUCGGGCUCGCUACUAUUCGCGCCGAUGGUCUUCCUGAUUUUAGUCAUCUCUCAGGGCGCGAACAUCACAACAAGUCUAUGGCUAUCAUGGUGGACGUCAAACAAGUUUGGCUUCACGGAGGGACAGUAUAUCGGUGCCUACGUUGCUCUCGGAGUAGUGCAGGCAUUAUUGAUGUUCACUUUCUCUGUCUGUCUCACGACGUUAGGUACAAGAGCGUCGAGGGUUAUGCUGCAGAAAGCCAUGACUCGGGUUUUGAGAGCACCGAUGAGCUUUUUCGACACAACUCCACUGGGACGGAUCACGAAUAGAUUCGCUAAGGACGUCGACAUCAUGGACAACAAUCUGACAGACGCCAUGCGAAUGUACUUCUUUACCCUGGCGAUGAUCACUUCUGUGUUUAUCCUGAUCAUUGUUUACUUCCAUUACUUUGCUAUCGCCCUCGGACCUUUGUUCCUAAUGUUUCUGUUUUCUGCAAGCUACUAUCGAUCGUCCGCGCGAGAGAUCAAGCGCCAUGAGUCAGUGCUUCGUUCUGAGGUGUUUGCACGCUUCAGCGAAGCAAUCUCCGGUACCGCCAGUAUUCGAGCGUAUGGUCUACAAGAUUACUUCGUCACAGGGAUCCAUAAAUCUGUGGAUCAAAUGAACUCGGCUUACUACCUCACGUUCUCCAAUCAAAGAUGGUUGAGCGUAAGACUUGACGCGAUUGGGAACCUCUUGGUCUUCACGACGGGCAUUCUGGUGGUGACCUCGCGCUUCAAUGUUUCCCCAAGUAUCGGCGGCCUGGUUCUAUCCUACAUCUUGUCGAUCGUGCAAAUGAUCCAGUUCACCGUCCGACAGCUUGCAGAAGUGGAGAAUGCAAUGGUAUCCACUGAGCGUCUUUACUACUACGGCACUGAACUUGAUGAAGAGCCUCCUCUACACAUGAAAGACAUACCGGACAGCUGGCCCCAGAAAGGCGAGAUCGUCUUCGACGAAGUCCAAAUGCGCUAUCGAGAUGGUCUUCCCCUAGUCCUACAAGGUCUCAACAUAACCGUAGCCGGAGGUGAGCGCAUCGGCAUUGUCGGCCGCACUGGAGCCGGCAAAUCGAGUAUCAUGUCAACUCUCUUUAGACUUGUUGAGCUCUCCGGCGGAUCCAUCAGCAUCGACGGCGUUAAUAUCGCUCAAGUCGGCUUGAAAGACCUCCGCACACGCCUUGCGAUUAUCCCGCAGGACCCCACUCUUUUCCGUGGUACGAUUCGCUCCAAUCUCGAUCCCUUCAACGAACAUACCGAUCUCGAGCUCUGGUCGGCCUUACGGCAAUCUGAUCUCGUAGAUGCGGACGCCAACCUCGACGACAAAGCCCACGGUCGCAUCCAUCUCGACGGUAUCGUUGAAGAGGAGGGCUUGAAUUUCUCCCUCGGACAGCGGCAACUCAUGGCUCUCGCUCGAGCAUUGGUCCGUGGCUCCCAAAUCAUCGUCUGCGACGAAGCUACUUCAUCUGUGGAUAUGGAAACGGAUCAGAAGAUCCAGCGGACGAUACAGACAGGCUUCAGGGGCAAGACGUUGCUUUGCAUUGCGCAUAGGCUCAAGACGAUUAUUACCUAUGAUCGGAUCUGUGUGAUGGACCAGGGAAGGAUAGCAGAGUUGGAUACACCAAUUAGGUUGUGGAAGGAGGGAGGGGACUGCAAAGUCUACGAACAUGACGACGACAUGACAGGCAUAUUGCGCACAGCAUCUGGAGGUGGUCAGCGUCUUACAUCGCCACGACAAGGGGAAACGCACCGAGGUUCUCGUGUGGAGGUAGACACUACUGUGGAGGAUAUCGAUGUGACUGUUCAUCUUCCCGGUCCCCCGCCUGAGGGAUAUGAGCAACACCAGGAGGGUGGGAAGAAGGAGCGUGAGGAUACUGAAUACCCGUUAACGACUUAUACACUCCCUGAUGGAUCCGUGACAGUCGUCUCUGGGCCAAAGCCGACCCAUGCAGGAUCUAGGCACGGCGCUGGCAAUGGGAAGCAUUUUGCCCCCCCUUCCAAACCCGAGACUACCGGGGUUGAUUCAAGCGCUGGCGAGGCACCUCCGUCGAACCCCACUGCGACCAGCUCUGCCGCCGGCGACUCGGGUUCUGGUUCAGGUCCCAGCCACCUCAGCGGAGGUGGUGCCAGUCCUAGCUCCGCGACCCUUUCCGCCGGUUCCUUUGCCUCUCUCGAGAGUCCCGAUCUCGACUAUGCUCCCUCAACCGUGGUAGAUCACACAACGUCAUCUUCAACAGCCGCCGAUUCUCCGGCAACGAUAACCACCCCUGCCUCCUCGGUGGUUCCGGCCAACAACUCCCCGACAUCCACCGCGGCCUCCUCUGCAGCGGCCCAAGCUCACAGCGCGGGUUAUCCAUUCAGCGCCCUCGUCGCGUUUGGGGACAACCUGUCAGAUAACGGGAACGGCAGCUACGCCCACAAUGUCGCAGCUUGGAGUCCGACAAACGUGGUCGACGGGAACACCAUCUACGGCGCCCGCACCUGGACCAGCGGACCCGUCGCCGUCUCCUAUCUCACCGACCUCCUCGGCGUGCCUAUGGAUCAAAACUACGCUUUUGGGGGUGCUUGGGGAGGGAGCCGUUUCGGCGCAACCAUCGACGAUACGAUGCAGCAGUCCAACUUCAGCGCCAGUCUCGCGGAUGGGCCGUGGUUCAAUCACGGCGAAUUCAGUGAACCCUGCUGGGGAGCCCCGAGUGCCAAAGUCCAGAUAAACGACUACAUCAACGGCGGCGUCAACAAAAACGCGCUGCAUUUCCUGUGGAUCGGCGCCAACGACAUGGACGCGGCCUACAAAGGCACCCUCGGCAUCGACAACCCGACCCUCAACGACGCGUUCGCCGCCAAAAUCUCCACCAAGAUCCCGGGACUCGUCUCCACCCUGCUCGACGCCGGGGCGCCGUACGUCCUCGUGGCCAACCUCUACCCCAAAAACCACGCCCCGCUCUGGCCCAACUUCCUCGGCAUCGACACCCCGUCGCAAUGGGACGCCCUGGGCGCCGCCAUCGCCUCCGCCAACGCCGCCCUCGAGGCCGCCCUCGCGGCCCUGCCCCACGCCGACCGGGUCGUCCGGUACGACGCCUUCGCCUUCAUGUCGGACCUGUACGCGGACCCGGGCGGCGCGUUCCCCAACAUCCGGGACACGAACGGGUUCCCCUCCUUCUGCGACGGGGACGCCGAGGAGCCGGCGGCCGUGCGGGCGAUCAACGGCACGGUGGUGGACGGGGUCCGGAUCACGAGGAAUUGGGACUACUGCGUCACGCUCCAGCAUCAGGAUGAGUGGUAUUGGAUGCAGUAUGUGGACCCGAUGAGCCAUGUGCAUCAGCUCGUGGCGCAGGAUAUGGCGGAGACGGUCAAGAAGUUUCCGUUUCCUCCGCUGUGA